UGUUUUCACACUCGAUCCGCGGGCCGGAGGUCUCGGUUUCGCUUGGUGUGCGCAGAACUGCAGUGGGGACUUCCCAACUGCAAGGAGGAGGCCUGCAACUACCGCAUGGUUGUCGCACCCCUUCGGCAACAUAUGAACUCCGUCUAUCGGGAGCCGAUUUGUGUGGAGCGAGGGCGGGAAGAGGGGGCGCUCCGCCGGGUGAUGAUGCUGGUGAGAAUUGAGCUGGAAUCGAGCUGAGGGUUGGAUUUCGGCGCGGGCUUUGCUUGGCCGUCUCGGAGCUGCGUCGGAUUUCGAGAUGGCGACGAUUGCUCAGUCGUUGCUGCCGAACCAUGUGUUCGGUGUGCAUGGGAAAAUGCGCGAUGGCGUGCAUUUCGUGGACGACUCGACGAUCGUGUACUGCGCCGGGCACUGCGUUGUAUGGUGGAAAACGGAGGAUAAGAAUCAGAAGGUUGUUUGUGGGACGGCCGACACGGAAACUAUGACCGCCAUUGCUCUGAGCCACAACAGGAAACAUGUGGCAGUGGCCGAGAGCUGUUUGCCCGAUCGCCCAGUCGUCGUGGAACCUAAGAAGGAAUCCAACGAUUUGGCCAAGGCCAUCGAGAUGGCUAAGUCUGUAAGCUUGGAUAUCAAGGGUCCUGUGAUUUCAAUCUUCGAUUCGCAGACCUCGAAGAAGAAAAAGGUUCUGAUGGGUGGGGACAUCGGUUCACGCUCUUACAUCUCCCUUGCGUUUAGCCAUGACGGCAAGUGUCUUGCUGCCCAAGGCGGGGCACCGGAUUGGAACUUGGUCCUUUGGAGUCUGGAGAAGUCCAAAUUAAUUGCAUCCAUCAAAACCUCUACAGGACCUGAGGUUUAUCAGGUUCAGUGCUGCCCUAUGGACCUCAACCUCAUCACUGUGAUCGGAGAUGGGUUUGCGAAAUCAUUCCGGUCAACGGAUUCUGCCCUAAGGCCGAUUUCUACUGGCAUAGGAAAGAGAGAAGGACUCAAAUUUUUCAAUCAUGCAUGGUUGUAUGAUCCUUCAGCUCCCGUCGAGAAAGAAAAAGAGAAAGGUGAUAAGAAGGAGGAAAGUGUGUGCCUCUAUGCCCUGGAAAAUGGUGAAGUUUUGUACACCGAAAACGGAGAGAUUGUGUCAUCAAUAUCUCCUCCAGGUGGGCUGCCAGGAGCUGGUUUCGUUGAGGUUAUCCUUCAGUUUUCCAAGGGGUUUAUCAGCGCUGAAAGUGGAGCGAUUAUAGGCGUCUUCGAGAAAGUCGACGAUGAAAGUUUCAAAAGAACGCGCUCGUUCAAAGCGGACGUCAAUGGAACGAGGAUAGUCAGUAUUGCUCUUUCGCCCGGUGAAGAGUUACUCGUCUGCGUAUUAAAAAACCGACAGAUCAUUUUGGUUCCCUUCCAAAAUUCGGAGUUUUACAAACCGGAUGAAGUUCCCAAAGAGGCUACUGGGCAUGGCUUUCAUUCGGAAGCCAUCACAGGUUUGGAUGUCUGCCAGCGGAAACCACUAGCUGUAACAUCCAGCACGGACAAAUGUAUUCGUGUAUGGAACUACUUGGAAAAGACGUGUGAGCUGGCGAAAUAUUUCCCUCAGGAGGCCUUGUCUAUCUCUUUACACCCCAGUGGCCUGCAUAUAUUGGUGGGAUUCACCGACAAAUUGCGGUUAAUGAACAUUCUGAUUGAUGACAUUCGUAUAGCAAAAGAAUUCAACAUCAAAUCUUGCCAGGACUGUGCUUUUAGCAACGGUGGACAGUACUUUGCUGCAGUGCAAAGUAAUGUUAUCUACAUUUUUUCCACCUAUAGUUUUGAGAAUCUGGGAAACCUACGAGCCCACAAUGGUAAGGUACGGAGUAUCUGGUGGUCUCCGGAUGACACAUCUAUGUUAACGGCUGGCAUAGAUGGAGCUAUAUAUGAAUGGCAGCUACGAGAACUAAAACGGUCUCGCGAGAAUGUUAUGAAAGGGUGUGUUUACACCUCUGUUGUAGGUUUAAAGGAUUCGAAGUCUUUCUUCGCAGUCGGAUCAGAUCAUAAGCUGAAGGAGUUAGAUGAAAACUCUACGGUCAAGGAAUUUUUCUUCCCUGUACUUCUUACUCAAAUUGCUCUUCCAUUUGGAAGCCGUCUCCUGUUUGCCGGAACGGAGUUUGGAGCUGUUCGAGCUUGUCGAUAUCCCUUGACAGGAGAAUUCUACGAGGUCCAAGCCAUCGGUUCCCCAAUCAGUCGACUAGUCAUUACAGCCGAUUCAAGCUUGCUCCUAUGCGGAGGCGAGGACGGAGCCGUAGUGAUAUUUGAUAUUAGAGACAAGGAGAAAGCGAUUGCAAGUCACGUAGCCCGACACGAGAAGGACGCCUCUCAUUGGACUAGUGAGGUGCUUGUAUUAAAAGCUGAUUUGGAAGAAUUGAAAGCACGAGUGCAAGACUUGGAGACUCAGGUGACCGAGGUUCAAGCCCACUGUGAAUACCAAAUCAGGAUCAAGGACGAAGGAAUAGCUCUUCGCAUCAAGGAGCUUACGGAUGUUUCUGACAAGGACUUUCUGGAGAGUAAAGUAAAAUAUGAGGCAAUCAUACAACAAAAGAAUGACAAGGAGUUGGAGUUGGAGCAAAAGUACAAAGCACUGGAAGACUUGCAGGUGGUUCGCUUGGCAGAAAUGGAAGAGCAGUAUCAAAAGAAGAUGCUUGUCGAGGUUGCAAGGUACACUGCUUUGGAAAAUGACAAGGAAAUUCAGAGGUUGGAAUUUGUGGAGGACCGUGCUAUCAUGGCCGAAAAACAUGAGAAGGCUCUUGUGGACAUAACCGAUGCCUAUGAAGACAAGUUAGAGGUACAGCAAAAUGCUUAUGCAAAACUGAAGGAGGAGGCAGCCCAGGCGCUUCUUGACUUUGAGGAAAUCAGGCGUCAAAUGGAAGAAGACACGGACAAGGAGAUUGAAGAUCAAAAAGAAAAGUACGAUUCGCUGAUCGCAGCAGAAAAGGAGACCGUAACAAGGUUGAAAGGUGAGAACGGGAUUAUGAAGAAGAAAUUCAACGAAUUUCAAAAGGAAAAUGAAGAGCAAAGGGAGGAGCUUAUGUUGCUGUUCCAACAAAAGAAGGAGCUCUACGAAAUAAUUGGGUCGUUGGAACGAGACAUUGCUGGUUUGAAAAAAGAUGUACAAGAAAGAGAUGACACGAUUGGAGAGAAGGAGAAGAGGAUCUAUGACAUGAAACGAAAGAAUCUGGAGCUCGAGAAGUUCAAAUUCGUGUUGGAUUUCAAGAUCAAGGAUCUCAGCGAACAGAUUGAGCCCAGGGAAGCGGAACUACAAGAUGCCAAAGAUCAAAUAAGGAAGAUGGAAGUUGAACUGGAGAGGUCGCAUGCCAUGAGCGGUAAGAAGGACUUGGCCAUCUCUCAGCUGAAGUUGAAACUCCAGGGCGUUCAGAAUGAGGAAGACGCUCUAAGACGAGCUAAUGUACUCUGCACAACUACGCUUAAACAUUUCCAACAUGACUACUACGAGCUUGCUCAACUUAUAACCGAUCCUGAGGCUUUGAAGUCCGCAGUCAUAUCAGUGUUCAGAAAGUACGUUGAAGACAAAGUCACUCUCUUUCCAGUCGAUGAAGAGCUGGAGAAGGACACUAAUAGACAAAGAGACUUUUUGGAGAGAUCGGUUGCUGGUCUUCGGCGAAAGCUUCACAAAGAAAUGGAAGCUCACCAUACGAAUCAUCUUCACAUCAUGCAAGACAACGUGGCUUUGAUUAAAGAGCUUAAUGAACUGAGAAGGGAAUUGAAGAUUAUCAAGCUGAACCAACAGAAGGGAGCCUUGGCAGACGGAAGUGCGUCUCAGCAUAGGGCUACGACGGCCAGAAAGCUCACAGCGCUGGCAAAGGGUCUGGAAGACCAAUUAACCCUGAGCCAGCAGAUGGAACAGGAGAACUUGCGUCACAGGGUUGUACAGCUGGAGACAGAAUUGGCGUCGAAAGUGGACAGAAUCACGUACCUAGAGGCCAUGCUCCAGGAGCUGGAGUUGGUGCAGAAUCGCCCCAAGUCUAGAGGUGAGCUGCCACCUAUGGAAGGUGUUGGCAGGUUUGGUGGGUACAGCAGCACUACGGCAUCGACGAGAAGUGCAUCCCCCGGUAUUAAGAAGACGGUGCAGGUUAUGACACCCUCGGAAGCAUCAUCGUCGCCCCAAGGAAGACCGACGUCUUCUCCGGGAAGCAACAAAUGGAGUAGGGAAAAGGGUGCUCCGUAGUCUAGGACCCGUUGACUCGAGUUGGUAGGUGUUGCCGCUCUUGAAGGCAUCCAAGCUACAGGAGGGCCGAAUGCUCGUGAUCCUCGUCUCCACACAAAUCACGUCCAUCCUUCAAAAUAGAAGAGAACACCGAUUUCAGUAUGUCCAAGAGUAGGGAGCAUGCGCGUUGCCGUCAAAGCUAUGGCAGCCUUUUUCAAACAUGCCAUACCGGCAUACCUUGGCCCACGUCCUGUUGCCUUCGUAUGGAGAAACUUACCGAAGCUAUAAUGCAGAUUUGGCCCUGUAAGUGGUGAAUGUUGAAGUGAUCCUGUCUUCUUUGGUAAAAAAUUCUUUGAAUUUAAUACUCCG